AGCAAUGACAUCCGUGUGGCCAGCACUGGGGGCUGAAGCUCACACCUGGCCCACCCCACUCCUGGUACCGAGCAGGACCUGGUCUCACUGUUCCAUGAGUGCCUAGAACGUUCUCUGCUUGGCCAGACAAGUGUGAUUUUACUGUUGCUGUUGAUAGGAAGCCCCUUCCUCUGCAAGCUCUUCUGCCGGCCUCUGCCUCUUUCUAGAGGGAUUGCAUUGAAUGGUCCUCUCACCUGACAUGGUGGCUGCCUGGGAACCACAGGGCUCAGCAGUCUGGGUCUCCUGCUCUUGUCCUGGUGGCACCACACUGGACUCUGCUUUGGGUGCAGCACGUGCACAGCACCAGGGCCUGUGCAGCCCACAGCUCCGCUCCUGCCCGGCUCCUUGAAGUGGGGAGGCCCAGGGGCCACAGCCCAUGGCAAGGGAGAGUGGUGUCAGCUGAAGGACACUUCAAAAGGUCCAGGCCUUGGGAUGGCCCUGAUGCCUGGAGGACAUGCAUGUCCUCGGCUCUUCAGGGGUCCAGGUGCCAGCACAGCUGAUGUGAAGAGCCAUUUGCAAGUCUGUAGCCGGUCUAGUGGAAAUGACAUUUCUCUUCUGUUUGCAGAUAUUUGAGGGUUUAGAGGAGUGGUUUUAAACGAGUGUGACUGAAACUUGUCAGCAAAGCAAAUUCCUGGGUCCCACCAGCUGGGAGCCAGGAGUCUGAUUUCAUUUUUUGCUGCACUGAGGAUGGCAUGUGGGGUGUUGAGCAUCACGGGCAAGUGCUCUGCCACUGCUACUGCCCAGCCCCAGGGUGGUUCUGAAAGGGUGGCCUGGAGGAGCUGGUGGAGGAGCUCAACAGCGGGAAGGUGAUGUACGCUUUCUGCAGGGUGAAGGACCCCAACUCUGGCCUGCCCAAGUUUGUCCUCAUCAACUGGACGGGAGAGGGCGUGAAUGACGUGCGGAAGGGAGCAUGCGCCAAUCACGUCAGCACCAUGGCCAGCUUCCUCAAGGGGGCCCAUGUGACCAUCAACGCGCGGGCUGAGGAGGAUGUGGAGCCCGAGUGCAUCAUGGAGAAGGUGGCCAAGGCCUCCGGGGCCAACUACAACUUCCACAGGGAGAGUGGCCGCUUCCAGGACACAGGCCCCCAGGCCCCAGUGGGCUCUGUGUACCAGAAGACUAAUGCCAUGUCUGAGAUCAAGAGGGUUGGCAAGGAUAGCUUCUGGGCCAAAGCUGAGAAGGAGGAGGAGAACCGGCGGCUGGAGGAGAAGCGCCGGGCUGAGGAGGAGCAGCGGCGGCUGGAACAGGAGUGCAGGGAGCGGGAGCUGCAGGAGGCCACCCGCCGGGAACAGCGCUACCAAGAGCAGCACAGUGGAGCAGGGCCCCAGAGCAGGACGUGUGAGCAGCCCCAGGAAGUGGCUUCGAGGAACAGAGAGGACCGGGAGUCCUCCGGGCUGCAGGCCAGACACCCACGGGAGAUUUUCAAGCAGAAGGAGAGGGCCAUGUCCACCACCUCUGUCUCCAGCAUGCAGCCAGGCAAGCUGAGGAGCCCCUUCCUGCAGAAGCAGCUCACCCAGCCAGAGAUGUCACUCAGCAGAGAGCCAGCUCCCGCUGCUGAAAGGCCCCGGGCAGAUGUCUGUGAGGAGCCAGUGCCCAGCACCCGUCCGUGUCUGGUGCAGGCAGAAGAGGAAGCCGUGUAUGAGGAGCCCCCAGCUCAGGAGACCCUCUACGAGGAGCCGCCGCUGGUGGAACAGCAAGGUGCUGGCUCUGAGCAUGUUGACCACUACAUGCAGGGCCAGGCGCUCACCGGGCAGGGGCUGUGUGCCCGGGCACUGUAUGACUACCAGGCAGCCGACGACACAGAGAUCUCCUUUGACCCUGAGAACCUCAUCACGGGAAUUGAGGUGAUCGAUGAAGGCUGGUGGCGUGGCUUCGGCCCUGACGGCCACUUCGGCAUGUUCCCCGCCAACUACGUGGAGCUCAUUGAGUGAGGGGAGCUGGUCCCUGUCCCCGUCCACUGAGGCUUCCUGGUUCCGGGGAAAGGAGGCCCCAGAGCUAACAUUUGACAUCUUCAGGAUGGGACCUGAGGAGGACGAGGCCUCAGGACGCCCUCUGCCUGGGUGGCUCAGCCUCUGUCACCUGGAAGCAGCAAUAACUCUGUGAUCCCCAGACAAGCUUCCUGCAGCCUCCCAGGCCCCCACCAGCCUGGCUCUAGGCUCUGGGGAGACCGAGCCAGCCCCAUCCGUGGCCAUUCCCGGGUCACCCCUGCCCAGGGACAGUGACUGCCACUGAGCUGAGGGACUCUUGAGCAGGGGCAUCUGGAGGCCGCCUUCAUAUUUGCCUUUUUUCUUUCCCUCUGGCCUCUGAGGGGUGGUGGUUACAGCUGUUAGAAUGACCCUUGGGAACAGUGAACUUAGUGGACUGCCUUUAGCAGGAUGUGUGACCAAAGUCUGAGUGGACUGUGACUUCGGCGAGCAGGGAGGUAGCCUUGCUGAGCACACUCUGCCUCACUCCAUUUCUCUGUACCUGUGUCUGGGCCAUGGGAAGUGGAGUGGAAAGACCAGGCUUCUCUGGGUGUGUGAAAAAUCAGAAAGACACAGCGUGUCCUUC